CAGAACAAGAUAGUUGCCCGUUGCGUGCAAUCUGGUGUGCAUGGGAAACAGCGCGAGCGAGGGAGUGCAGAGAGGCAAGCGCGAGCGGGACUGAGUGCAGAGAAAGCGAAGACAAACAAGUGACAAUGGCCGUGUCGGCUGCUCCACCGGUGCUGUCGCCCAACUCCACUCCGGGGUCCGGGGGUCUGUUUCGCUCGGACCCCCUGUACUCCAGACCGGCCGAGACCACGAGGCUAACUAGCAGCAUGAUAAACACCUUCAUCAGCGGCGGGGGCCCCGGGAACGGCACCAGUGUCAACAACGAGUGUAAAAUGGUGGAGGUCCACGGGGUCAAGGUGGCCUCGUUCAGCAUGGACGGUCAGGAACUCAUCUGCCUGCCGCAGGUUUUCGAUCUCUUUCUAAAGCACCUGGUCGGAGGGCUUCACACGGUCUACACCAAGCUGAAGCGCCUGGAUAUAUGCCCCGUGGUGUGCACCGUGGAGCAGGUCCGGAUCCUGCGGGGGCUCGGGGCCAUCCAGCCCGGGGUGAAUCGCUGCAAGCUCAUCAGCCGAAAGGACUUCGAGGCGCUCUACAACGACUGCACCAACGCCAGCUCUCGGCCCGGCCGCCCGCCCAAGCGCUCCCUGGGGGUCGCCAUGCAGGAAAGCUCCAGGCUUCUGCCCCACGGCAUCCACGGCCUGCUGUCUCCGGGUCUCCUCUCCCCGACAGGGCUGACGGCAGCGGCGAUGGCGGAGGCCAUGAAGCUGCAGAAGAGGAAGCUGAUGGCCAUGAACAACCUGCAUGGAGGCAGCAGCCAGAAUGGCACCGAGUCGGAGAACGAGGAGCUCAACUCCAACGCAGGUGGCAGUGAGUCGUCCUGGGAUAAAGAGAAGCUGCAGUCCCCCCCUUCCAGCAGCAUCCAGCGCAGCCAGGGCCGCACAGGCCUGUCCGCCCCACACGGCCUGUCCAGCUCCCAGCUCAACUCUUUGCAGCACAGCCACCUGCUGGCCAACCGGCUGGACCUGCCAUUCAUGAUGAUGCCCCACCCACUGCUCCCCGUCAGCCUGCCUCCUGCCUCUGUCGCCAUGGCGAUGAACCAGAUGAACCACCUGAACACCAUCGCCAACAUGGCCGCUGCCGCCCAGAUGCACAGCCCCCUGUCCCGAGCCGGAGCCUCCGUCAUCAAGGAGUGUACGCAGGACAGCCCCUCUCCGGCCCCCUCUGUGGAGGACCCCUCCCACCAGCUGUCCCAGCCCUCCUCCUCUCACCCUGACAGCAGCGCUUCCAGCUCCCCUGCCCCGCAUCAGCACACACCCGACCACCUGGGACUGAACACUCCUGACACAGAUGCUGCCGAUCGAGAGGCCAGAAUGCACAUGAAGACCCUUAAAGAGAAAGAUGACACCCAGCUGGCUCUGAACAUGCUAAAGCCCGGGUUCGACAAACUGCCCCUGAUGGGUCAGGCCCUGCCCCCUGGCUUCCCCGCCCCCUUCCUGUUUGCUGACGGCCUCAACUCUGUGGAAACGCUGCUCACCAACAUUCAGGGCCUGCUGAAAGUGGCGGUGGAAAACGCCCGCGUGCAGGAAAAACAGAUCCAGCAGGAGAAGAAGGAGCUGAAGAUGGAGCUGCACAGAGAGAGAGAGAUGAGAGAGAGUCUGGAGAGACAGCUCACCUCCGAGUUACACAGCAGAGCCACCAUCCAGAAGCGUCUGAAGAAAGAGAAGAAGGCCAAGAGGAAACUGCAGGAGGCGCUAGAGUUCGAGUCCAAGCGGAGGGAGCAGGUGGAGCAGGCGCUCAAACAGGCCACCUCCCCCGACACGCUCCGCAUGAGCCUCAACGAGGCAGUGAUACCAGAGGUGGAGACAGAACACAGCGAGAGUCAGCAGGAAAACUCAGCCUUACCAGAAAACAGAGCGUACAUCAAGACCCCCAUAAUGUACUGAUGAGGACCCCCGACCCACCCCCCCCACGCAUAUCCCAGCAUGUCAGAGGUGGCAGACGGAGCAGAAGGACAGCGUCACCACGGCAACAGACUCUCCCUGGCCGGGAAGAGGGGCAGAUGGGGCUCCUUGACUCCCUUGGCUGAUGCCCGUCUCCCAGGGCGGGGUUCGACCACACCCACCCCCAUGGCAGGACAGCGUGGCGUGUCCCUCACCGGUACUCCACCCCGUUGCCAUGACAACUUGUAAAAAUAUCAUGCUUUUACUCUUUUUGACCGUUUCUUUCCUGCGGCCGACUUUUCGUGGGCAUUGGGAAAGGAGGCGAGGUUCUCCCCCCUCUCUGCUGCCUCCUC